ACAUGCCCUUAGGAGUUAGCAAACAACCCCUCACCCCCUUCUGACAGACUGAAAAGUGAAAAUCCAAGCUCGUCGGCAGAAUGAAAAUUUCAGAGAGUAGGGUAAAAGAAUGAAAGCGAAAUAAGAGUGUUGUUGUUACCUGAAUUUCUUGUGGGUUGUCAAACAUGGGGUCUAUGGGUGUUGGUGGGUGGAUGGGCCCAUUUCACGAUAAUAUUCACGGAAGGCGUGACAAGAAGCGUAACAAAGAAACCAGGCCGUCCAGCUCCAGGGACUCCGCCGGAGGAGCUUCCACCGCCGCCUCCUACCGUUUUCCGCUCAGGCAAGCUGCUACUGCUGCCUCUCUUGCCUUAACUGGAGACACCAUCGCCCAGCUCCGCCAGAGAUGGGUCAGAAACAAAGACACUCUCUCCCGUUCUGAAGAUUUCAAGGAUACUGCAAGCUCACUGUUGUGUGAACAUGACUGGAUCCGAUCCCUUCGGAUGGCAUCGUAUGGAUUUUUGCUCUACGGUCCUGGUUCAUAUGCAUGGUACCAGUUCCUUGAUCAUUGCAUGCCAAAGCAAAAUGUUCAGAACCUCAUGAUGAAGGUUUUGUUAAAUCAAGUUGUACUAGGUCCUGCUGUAAUUGCUGUUGUUUUCGCAUGGAAUAAUUUAUGGCAAGGGAAACUUGCUGAGCUUCCUAAUAAAUACAAGAAAGACGCCCUCCCUACUCUGUGUACCGGGUUCAGAUUUUGGGUACCAGUCAGCAUAGUAAAUUUCUGGAUCAUCCCUCUUCAAGCCCGCGUUGCUUUCAUGUCCAUGGGAUCUAUUUUCUGGAACUUUGUCUUGUCCUCGACCAUGAGCAGGUGACUUAUGCCGCAAACCAAGUGAUCCAAUGCUUGAAGAUCACAUCAAAUUUCCUCUCCCAAAACAUCAUUGAAAACUAUGUUUACACACUUGGAACGUUGUAUCCGAGGCCCGAAAUCCGAUCAGCCGUUUCACUCAAGAGAAAGAAAGAUCUGUGCCUGGAAUCCAGUUUCCACCUUCUCAAUACUCAAAAGCAGCAUGUCAUCUGUGAAUUACGCUGUUCACUACAAUGCAGGCUUAGUCUUUUGGUGUAAGCUGCUGAACAUGAGAUCUAAAUUUCUCUUACUUGCAUGUCUCAAGUUGUAUUUUCUUGCUCAUUUUUCACAAUAUCAAGGCAUGUCCCAUCCAUGAUUCCGACAUGGUAAAUACCAUUUUCUUAUCGAAUUUUGCAUUUCGAAAAUAUGGUC